AUGACCGCAAUGAGGGAUAGUCCCAGCCUGGGCGGUGCAGCGGCACAGGCAGUGAGCGCACUGCUUCCUGGAAGUCCAAAAGAUGGCGGAAAAGAUGGAGAAGGGAGGAAAAACGGAGAAACAGCGUUUGGAGCGAGCAGGAGCAGUGGACGCAAAAGCCCUUUGAGUCGUCCCAGCGGCCAGAUCAACAGAAGUGCGUCGGCCAAGAGCCUGAAUCCGCUGAAAAAAAUCUUCCAUAGGUCGCAAUCGCACCACGAAACGGCCGAGCGAACAAAAGCGGAGCGGUCGCCGCUAAGUGCAGACGAGAAGUCUCGGAACCGAAGCUCGAGCUUCUUGCAACGUAUGCAUCCGCAACAUCAUGGUGGUGCCGGUGGUGUCGGCCCACAUCAACAGCAUCGGGAACUUUCAAAACAGCCGUCGUCGCAGAUGCUGAACGGAGUUAAGUCGCACAAUGUAAAUCCGUUUGUAACGUCGCGUGCAAGCGGUUUCGAUUCCCCUUUCAGUGCACUCGGUCGUGGUACGGACAUUGCUGCUCCACGGCAGUCCCACAUGAACGGGUCGAACCCCAUGUCACGGAAAACGUCGUCGAACGAGUCCAAUAUGGUGUACAAUCCAUACGGUACGCUCUCCAAAAACGAUACGUCGAGUUCGCAGCACGAUUUGUCUUUUUACCUACACGACGGCAAAGACGAGCUGCCUUUGCUGCCAACACCCUUGAAAGAUCCCAACGAUUACCUUCCCGAGGGUUACAAGCAGUACAGCGUGCAACUGGCAGACAAUUUCGUGUAUCCAGAAAGAAAUUCGGCAGACGAUUUGAAUCUUGGCUCAGGUGGGUCUAGUGAGGUACGCACAGUUCGGUCUGCCUUCCACAAGAAAGACUUGUAUGCAUUGAAAAAAUUCAAGCUUUUGAGAAAUGAGAAACCCGAUCAUUUCUACGUGCGGUGUUCCAAAGAGUUCAUUAUGGCUAAACGUCUGAGCAAAAACCAUCAUAUUGCCAAUACGUUUUUUUUGGUCAAAGUCUCCACAACCACUUUUAUGACGCGAGGAUGGGCUUUCAUCAUGGAAUAUUGCCCUGGUGGGGAUCUUUACAGUUUGAUCAUACGACCUGAUUGGAGGAAAAGACCGCUCAAGGAGAAGUUUGAGUAUUGGAGACAAAUUGUGGAGGGUAUCAAAUUUAUUCAUAGUCAAGGCGUGGUGCAUCGAGACAUAAAGCCUGAAAAUGUGCUUAUUACUCAAGAUGGAUUAGCCAAACUCACAGACUUUGGUAUUUCAGAUUGGGGACACGAGGACCCUGACGAUUUGAGUAGUCCCAUAAAAUUGUUUGAAAAUUAUGUGGGGUCACCACCUUAUACCUCACCUGAAGUUAUGUGUUUUAACGAUGAAAAUGCUACUCGACAAGAUAAAUUGCCGUACGAUGCUCACAAGAUGGAUUUCUGGGCAUUGGGAGUGAUUCUUUUCACACUGGUAUACCAAAACACACCAUUUUUGGAAGCAUACAAGACGGAUUCUAGAUUCAGAUCUUACGUUCUGUCUUAUGACAAUUUUGUUGACCAUAAUAACCCACAAUUCAAAAAGCGUGGAAAUCACAAGCCUGGGCCAGGGAGUGAAUUUCAGUAUGGACGCGAAUUCCAGAAUACAGGAGCUUCAAGGGUUGCAUGGCGACUUGCAGAUCCAGAUCCCAAAACCAGAUACACAAUGGACGAUAUCUUGGCGGACCCAUGGUGGUGUCAAAUUUCGGAAGGUAUCAGUGAAUCUGCGGAAGCUAUUCCAAAGUUGCCGGAACUGAGAAACACUAGUUAUGACAGUAAUGGGGAAAGAACGGCUUCGCGCUCGGCUGGGAACUCGGAAGAGGAACUGAUGAUGCCCACUUCGAACCCGUUUCUAAGUCAAAAUCUAUCCAAGGCCAAAUCGAAGUCGAUGCUAUCUAUUGCCGAGGUUCCUCCUGCUGCUGGGUCGAGUGCACCAUCGCCGCGUGGUGUGGAAUCGCUGGCGACCCUCAAUGAGGACAAAGCGGUUGAAGCGGAAGGUGUGUUUGUAGACGCGUCGAGCGGGCCCGAAGAAACAGCAAAGGCUUCAAAAGCUUGGGGAACGGCUGAGAGUGGAUCUUCAAGUCACGAGAGUUUAGCAAGACUUUCAUUGCGGGACUGA